AUGCAGAGUCUGCUGAGUAGCUCGGUCGAGAUUGUGCAGCUCCCAGUGGAUGAUCUGUGGAUGCGCGACACCAGCUGCAUCUUCUCAUACAGUGGCUGCAGCAACUACAGCCACUGCGUCAGCAUGUAUGGGCAACCCGUGAAGCACGCUUGGCCAACCGCUCCGUUAUCCUGUGUGGACUUCAACUUCAAUGGAUGGGGGAACAAGCAAAGCCACACCAACGACGCAAAGGUUGCCGCCAGUGUGGCCAGCUUUGCAGGAGCCACUUAUGUGCGCUCAAGCCUCGUGAUGGAGGGCGGGUCAGUAGAGGUGGAUGGCGAAGGCACAGCCAUCAUCACGCGAAGCUCUGUGAUCAAUCCUAACCGAAACCCCAACUGGACGGAGAAAGACGUCGAGGAUGAGCUGUACACCACACUUGGGAUCGAGAAGGUGAUUUGGACGGACGGAAUCAUCGGACGGGACAUCACAGAUGCCCACAUUGACUUCUACGCGCGUUUCACCUCCCCUGGGGUGGUGGUCGCAGCGCGCGAGAAUGACAAUACAAUCUACGACUACCAGGUCACUCGACAGGUCAUUUCAGACUUGAUCGGCGCCACGGACGCCCGGGGGCGCCAGCUCACGGUCCACAUCUUGGACAACCCCGAGUCUAUCCGCCCUGAAUGGAGCUCUGGGUCCGCUAGCGCCGGCUUCGCGGCUUCCUACAUCAACUAUUAUGUAGCCAACGGUGUGGUGGUGAGCCAGAACUUUGGGGAUAGCGUCACCGACGCUGCAGCUGUUGCCAAGCUACAG